AUGUAUUGGGAGCAUUUUUUUCCAAACGACAACAAAGUUUCUUCUUUGUCUUCUUCUUCUUCUUCUCGUUUGAGCAAAAAAAAGAAGAAGAAGAAGAAAGUUGUCGUUGUUGUUGUUGUGUUUUCGAAUGUGGGAGUUUUUGAUGGUUGGGCGACCUGGUCGUCGUCGUCGUCAAAGUCGAAUCAUCGAGCGUGGCGUCAAAUCUCUCUCAAAAAACAACAUUUAAAAUUAACGCGGGUCUUUCUUCCUUCACGUUUCCAAAAUUCCAGGGGAAGAACCGGAGUGCAGCUGAAAGAUAAAUGGAGAAAUCUGAUCAAGUUUCAACACUUGCGACGAGGAGAGAUUGAAUCGGCGCCGUAUAAAGCGACGGUUCGCGCGAAGCAAAAUGCAGCCGCGGCGGCGAAAGGAAAUGUUGAUACCACGAAGGCACCAAAGAGUGGUGGAGCGAGCGGGAAAACAGCGAGCGCUAGUAAGAAACGAAACGCGGCUGAUCAAGGUGGUAACAUCGCGAAGAAGAAAGGGAAGACCAACGCUUCCGGCUUCAAGAAAGGAACAAAUAGCAGCGACUUGAUGGAUACGUUUCAAAAAGGUCCAAAAGGGAAAAGGAGUAAACUAACAAAAGGAGGGAGAUUUGGCAAAGGCGCGGAUGGCGCCGAUGCGAGGAAUAUUAUCGAUGCUAACACGAAUCUCGAUCAUUUGAGUAACGGAGGCGAAGGUAUCGGUCGAUCAAUCUCGCCGGCGUUGCCGCCAAAGAAACAAGCUUUCAAGCAACAAAAGAAGAAAAUGAAGCUUUUAGCGGAAGCGCGAAAGAAAGCGGGAACUCCAGAUGCGAAAGCGAGAGCGUUGCACGCGCCAUCGAACGCUCCACCAAGAAAGCGGGUCGCCGCCGCGUGGGCCGCCGGUAUAUCCGACGUCAAUCAAAUAGGGAGCGGAGGACUUUUGAACUCGAACAUCAAUAGUUUAGAUGAAGAUGAACAAGAUAUUGUAGGAGCACAUUUAGGACACGUGACGUUUGAUAUCGAUGAAGAUGAAGAUGCGCAUCACUUAGCUACCACUUCUGGAAGAGGUCAGAAUAACAAGGAUGGCGGCGCUGCUUCUUCAGCGAGCAUGGCUCGAUUUACAGAGGAGAUGGAAAGGGAAAUCGAGCAGACGAAGGAGCGCAGAGCGCAAAUGGUUAGAGACGUGGAGUAUUCCGAGAGAGAAUUGGCUCGAUUAAAGUCGCUCGUCGAGGAAGCAGAAAAAGUGUAUUCGGAAGCUCGCCUGAAAGCACAGGAGACGCUUCAACAGGCGCAGAAAGAAAUUGCUGAAAAGCGUAGAAAACAAUCCAUGGAGUCUUUGGAAGAGCAGAAAAAAGCAGCGGCAUCCGAUGGCGAAUUAUUAGAAGAAGAAGAAAAGAAAGCUAACAGCAACAGCGACAACAACAACAAGAAUGACAAAAAGAGCGACGAUGACGAUAACGAUGGAAAAGAUGGUCAUAAAUCGAAGGGGGCUACAACGAGGAAAUCACUCGAGGCGUCAAAGCAACCCAAAUCCGCGACGACCGAAAAUAUAAAGGUUGACGAUGAUGAGGACGAGCCAUCGAACGAAGACGUGAGUCCAAAGUCUGUUCCAAAUUUGAACGAUGUUGAAGAUGUCGAAGUUGACGAUGCCGAGUGGGACAAGUACUUGGCGUUUGGAGGAGAUAACGCUAAUGAAGAAGACGACGAAGACAUGUCCGAGAUGCAACGGGCUGCGCAGAUCGCUUCAGAUGAAAAGAAAAGAAAAAACUACGCCACCGACUCUGAGAUGAAUAAAGCACCAAAAUCUCCCAGGCUUAGGAGCCAAGCCGGGAGUGCGGGUAACUCAGACAAGGAUGCUGCUACGAAAACGGCUACACCGACUAUGGCUAUUACGAAGGCUCUAGAACAAAACCGACGACAACAACAACAACAAUAUCAAUUCAUUCCGUCAGAUCCAAACGGACAUUACGAUACGGACGAUUCGGAUGAUGAUCUCAGCAGCGAUGAGUCAGAUGAGGAAGAACUCGAUGAGGAGCAACUUGUUGCAAAAGCAGCUUGGGAGAAGGCACAAACUGCGUUAGCGAGAGCGGGAUUGCCGCCGAUGCAAGAGAUCGAGAACGUAUUACUGCAAGAACUAAAGAGACUCGAACAAGCAAAUACAAAAUUAGUGCAUGCUCGACUUGCUUUGGAAGCUUGUGAUUCUGAACUUUCCGAGCUCUUUGCCAGAGCGGAAGCUAGGAAAGCUGGUGUGUAUAACGAAGACGACGACGACGAUUUGCGUGAGCAGACAACAAAUACGGGAUCUUUACCGAGCGAUCUUCAGAACAUUCACACAGAUGACGAGGACGACGACGAUUUGCAAGUUGUAGGCAAGAAGAGAAAGAAUGCGCGUGAUGAAGAUGACGACAACGAUGAUGACGACGACGACGACGACGACGACGACGACGACAACGACGAUGAUGAUGAUGAUGACGGGGAAGGAGAAGAAGAAGAGAAAAUGAAAAAAUCGACUCGAUCUGGUGGCGCCAAGAACUCCGCGGAAAGAGACAACGCAAACACGAGAAAGAACCUGAGAUCAAAAGAUGGGAACGAGAAGAAAGAAGAAAGUGGUGCUGCUGUUGAAAAAAAGGAUGGGAAAAAAAAAUCUGACGAUGGUGAAGAAGGUGAAGAAAAUGAAGAGGAUAAAAAUGUCGGAAAGCAAAAAGCGACGGCUAAGAAUGCGAAUAAUAGCAAAAGCAAGCAACAAGCGGAUCAAAAAGACUCGAAGAAAAAGAGCAGCGGUAGCGGCCAGAAGAGUUCUGGUGGUGGCGGAUCUGGACGAGGUGGAUCUGGCUUUCGCUCUGUUUCGGAAGAUCGACGUUUCGGAAUCUACGAUGCUCGACGUUAUCGUUCGGUUGAAGAAAAUGAUAGAAAUGCACAAAUGAGCGGAGAGAAGAUCAACUUCGGACUCGGCGGCUCCAACGCUGCGGCUGCCAAUAAUGCGCAGAACAGCGCCGGUGUUAGUAAUAGCGAUGAAUCUGGUGAGAAGAAUCGAAAACCUGGCAAAGAGAAAGGAAAAGGCACCGGUGGUCAGCAGUCAAAAAAACAAGGCGUUGGGCGAGGUGGUGGAAGUGCCAACGCUAGAGCGAGUUCUUACAAAGAGAGCGCGAUGGCGUUUGCAGCGGCGCAUUGGCCACAGCAACUGAAAAAACGCAGAGAUAACAAAGCUAGAAAGAAGCGGGUCAAGAUUGGAAAAUCUUUGUGGGAGUAA